AAUAUUAUUAUUAAUCACACACACAUAUAUAUAUUAUAAUGAUGAUGAUGAUGAAAUUAAACUCAUCAAUACCCAUCUUUCGAUUCCUAAAUUUCAAUUCCCCAUUCAUUAAAUCUUAUUGUCCUUUCAAAUUUUCUGCCGCAACCAGAAGAACAAUGACUCAAUUCCCUAAUUUUUCUAUAAAAAAUUCAAAAAUUUCUCCUACCCAUACGGCGGAGGAUUCCCCGUUGUCGGAGCCGGAGAACAAGUCGCAGUCUCCGCCUCACAAGCCUUGGCUCAUCGUCGGCCUCGGUAACCGUGGCAAGAAAUUCAAUGGCACUCGCCACAAUGUGGGUUUUAUGAUGGUAGACGCUAUAGCCGAGGCUGAAGGGAUUUCUGUUAACACAGCUAACUUUAAAGCCCUGAUUGGAGAAGGAUUUAUAGGAAAUGUUCCAGUCAUGCUUGCCGAACCACAAACUUUCAUGAAUGCAAGUGUUCUGAUAGCCAUUUUCAUGGUUUUGCAAAUACAUUGUGAAGGUCGGGGCCCUCAUCUCAUAUUACAAGAUUCCAUUGAAGCAAGUACUUGUGAUUUGCCUUUUGCCAAACUGAGACUACUUCCAAAAGGCGGACAUGGAGGACAUAAUGGGAUGAGAAGCAUCAUAGAUAGUUUAAAAGGCAGCCGCGAUUUUCCUCGUUUAAGAAUCGGCAUCGGACGGCCUCAGGGGAGGAUGGAUACUAUUAAUUACGUUCUUCGUCCUUUUGAUAAGCAAGAACGUGAGGAGUUGGAGUUUACAUUUCAACAGGGAAUAGAGGCAGUCAGGAUCCUCUUACUCGAGGGUUUUGAUAAAAGUGCAACAUUUGUGAACAGCAUCAAAGCAAUCGAACAACUCAGGUAAACUAUUGCUCCGGGCAGGCAGCUAAGUGAGGUAAGUUGCAGGAUGAGGAUAUGACUUCAUUGAAUUUAUUGAUCGGGAACUCGAUUGGAUAUUGCGGU